AUGGCCCCCAAGGAGGAUGCCGCGCAGGACAACACACCCCAGCCGGUGUCCCCUAAAGCGGAUCUGAAUGAUGCCGCACAGAACCAUACGCCCCAACCGGCGUCCCCCAAAGUGGAUCUGGGUGCUACCGCGCAGGACAACACACCUCAGCCAGUGCCAAUGGCCUACCCUAUCCGCAAGCGGCAGCGUGCGCGCACCAUGCUCUCAGCUUGCCUCCUGGUCUCCUCGGCUUACCUCGGCUCGAUUUUCUUCCAUGGGGCCUGCAUUCCACUGGCCUUCUUUGCGCCCUCCGUCUUCUGCUUCCUCGUCAGCGCCUUUGUACGCCUGUGGACCAAGCUGGUGGAGGUAUGUCCGCUGUCUCUGCCUCGCAUGCCCUCCCCCCUGCGCUCCGUGCAUGCAUUCUAGUCCUAGUUCUUAUCACAAUCAUGCAUCAGCUUGUCCUAGCUAAUCUCCCCCUUCAUAGUUCUUGCUUCGUGGGAUAUAGCCUCGUCAGCGGGUACACACCAAUAAAAACAGACUUUCAGCAGAAUGGCAUUACCGACAAAGACAAGGGAAACUGGAAUGGCCAUUUCUGGCUUAUUAGCCGUCGUCAGCCAGUCAUACCCAACCUCGAAGUGUGGAACACCCGAGGCUCGAACUCGCGACCUGUUAGUUAGAAGUCCACGCCUCUAACCACUGGGCCACGAGCCCGUUGUCCUGUCGGUUUUCGAUCGGGAAUAUACGAUGCCUAUCAUGCGCCGCUGUGCGGCUGCUGGUUGGGCUCCAGAGAGAGCCCGUAAGGCACAACGGAACGAGGCUGCCAGCUUCGGCGUAAUCGCUGUCAUCUAGUGUGAGGACUUUUCAGCUUUGUUGGUGCAAACGCAGUGGAGAGACCUGGGAGGUUCGGUCAAAACCGCUUCCACGUGACGCGUCAAACUGCAAACCGUCGUCCAAGUUACACAGGACUCGACUCCCCAAACCGUCUGCACUGUUUUUGCGCCAAACCGAAACGGAAGUCAUAUCGGCUCACGGCGUGCGCUAGUCUGACUGCGCUCGGUCUGCGUGAUUUCCAAACUGCGGCUGAUGCCCAUCCAACUUCUGAUCAUAGGUUUCAUGCGUCCCCGUAGUGCAUAGUCGUACACGUAAACCUUUCUGCUAAUCAGGAAAUGUACUGUUUAGUAGAAAAGUUUGCUUGUGCCCGGUCAAGACUGGACGUAUAGAGUUUUUGAGGUUUAGCCACGAGGACCGGCACACUGGAAAUGCCACAUUCUCGUUCGGUACAGCCGCCUCACAUAAGCGCGGGAGAAGACGCGGACUCUGUACACCAGGGCGCGUAUCACGUUUAUUAGCCGUCGCCAGCCAGCCAGCCAUACGUAGCCAGGAGGUGUGCAACCCCUGUUGGUUAAAAGUCCUUGUCCCAGGGGUUGCACGCCUCGGGGUUGAGCACGAAUGGCUGACGAUGGCCAAUAUGCCUGAAAUGGCAGACUGAAUUGGCAGACAUUGGAUACUUCAUACUGACCCAACUGUGAAAAACUCGGCGCUUCGGUGGGAUUCGCAACCACGCAGCUAGGGGAAGGCUUCAGUACGGCCAACUCCCUAACCACUUGAACUACGAAGUCCCUGCGGACGACGCGAGUUUAAUCGCACUUGGGUCAAAUUACCCGCCCAACCUACUUAAACGUCUGGAAUCCACCAAAUCUGAUACAGUAAGUUGAUUGCCCAAGCAGGAUUUCCUAAGUAAUUCAUCCAGAAUCCACCAGAUUGCUACCAGGCUUAUGUAAGUCAUAGUUUUUUUUGGCAGACUUCGAAUAAUUCAUAUUGACCCAACUGUGAAAAACUCGGCGCCUCGGUGGGAUUCGAACCCACGCAGUAAGGAGAAGGCUUUAGUACAGCCAACGGUCUAACCACUUGAGCUACGAUGCCCCGCCGGACGACGCGUGCGCUUGACCCAAAUGGGAUUAAACUCGCGUCCUCCGGCGGGGCCUUGUAGCCCAAGUGGUUAGAGCGUUGGCUGUACUAAAGCCUUCCCCUUACUGCGUGGGUUCGAAUCCCACCGAGGCGCCGAGUUUUUCACAAUUGGGUCAAUAGGAAAUAUAAAUCUUUGUUGGUAAUGCUACUCAGCUUAUAUCACACGUCGCUGCCUGGCUGCUAGCGGAGCUCGAGCUCCAAGUGAGUUCCGUAACACGAUCAUUGACGCCGCCUGCCGAAGUAGACACUUCCAAAUACCUCGGGGCGAGACUACUGCCGAAUCGACGGAGUAAGGAUGGCAUUGUCUCCCGAUUUGCUGCUGCUCUUAGGGUUUUCUCAAUCCUAUGAAGGACUUGUUGACCCAACACGACGUCUCCAUUACCACAAAGAUCUGCGUUUACUAUCCAUCCAUUCGGUCAUUCCUCGUCUACGGCUUUGAACGUAUAAAGUGAGCGAAGACUGGAGGUAUUUAACCAGCGCUGCGUGAAGACCACCCUUUGAGUGAAGUAUAUCGACCGUGUUUCAAAUGAGUUGGUCCUCACUCGUUGCGACAACAUCACGAAGAUAUCUCUGGGCCAUCCAAGAAAGACGACUGAGGUGGUUCGGGCACAUUUUCCGUCGCCCGUCCCACUAACUCGGUUAUACUACCUUUGAUCCGGCACCGUUGCCUACCCGGGUGACGUUGAAGGGGAGGUCGACUAAGGACCCGAACCGGACACGGUUUGUCGAGAUAUGGAAGCGACUCUUCGAUUCUCCGUUUCUGAAGAAGACAAUGCGUCGAGCUGCCCAAAUGCUCUGUCGCAGACCAUCACGCCUGUGAGGGUAAAAUACGUGACAUCAUCGAUGCCGGCUAGAUCAGGAAUGAUCACAGCCGCACCAACUUCUCUGAAUGCGUGCCACAGCCUCGGCCUCAUCAAGACGCGAAAUCCGCAUUGUUUGAAUUUCAAUGACAGAAUGUCGUUUGAUUUUGCCGUUUGCUACCUUAAGUAUUCAGUGCCCUGAAGAAAAGGCUUGGCGGUUCUGUGCCAAACACUUCCACCACAUUUCACACUCCUGAUUGAAAGUUUGCCUGAAAUGACGAGUCGUAACCUUCCUUGCUCUGUCUCGAGGUUAAGCAGCUGGGGUCAACUUCCACCCCUCUUAACUGUCGCUUUUUGCGAAGGUCAAAGAUGCUUCUGCCUCCCGCCUUCUCUGAACGACGCACAUUUUUCCGCAAGCAACCACACUCAUAGUGAUGACCCGGUUAAUCCAACCGGGUCGCUUAUGAACUCUUGAUGUGCCUGUUUCCGGUAACCCGCACACGCUUAACUUGCAUGAUUUCACUACGCGUGUUGCGAUAGUACCCUGUGCAGGCGACAAGCGUUGUACGGAGUGUUAUACGGGAAGCAUGCCCUUCGUCUCCUACUCCAUGUAGCUUCUAUGGCACUGAAGCGCAUGUGAGAUCCAAGCAGCCCUUCCCCGUCGCGCAAAAACGUGAUGUUGUGCGGGGGCCAGUUUGUGUGUGGCACGCGCAGACGGACAUUUGAAGUCAGUCACACUCGCCCAAUCCCCACAUCAGAUAACUGAGACCGACUCUCCCCUCAGCGGUUUUCGUUACAUUUCCUAACCUGAUUAAAGUUGGUGUUUUAUUUGAAGUAGCUAACCUCAGACGAAGGCCAUGCAAGCUCGGAACACGAGUACAGUCUCUGAGGUGGACCGCUAUCAGAAGAUGCGGAGUAAUUGUUUUAUCAGCUUUUUCUUCGAGGGUCUAGCUUCCGCCAGGAAGCUGCGGAGGCACACAUAGUGCCCGGGUCGUCUGUGUUCUGUGUCCGCAACUAUUGGAUAGUACAUGUGUACUAAGGUCCCAUGUGACCCCUGUUUUAGAUGUGGUUUGAUUUGCCGAGGACGUCUAAUGGAACCAUUCUCGUACCACUGUCCCCCGUCUCCUAACCCGUACACUCAACAGUCUGCUGUACCGUCUGGUCGAUUCAAUUGGCCUGCCCGCAACCUGCAUCCACUCGUGUCGGUCAUGACACGGGCCUGGCUGGCCAGAUCCUUUUCGUGAUUUGAUUUUAGAACAGUGCAAGUGCAUGCUUUGCUUGUUGCACUCCGUUGUAUUUCCCACAAUUUUUCGUCUUCCUGAGCACUUCUAGGCACUUUGUUUGUUAGUGUCAAUGUUAUUUUUGUCAGCCGCCAUCUUCUGGGUAUACGCUUGUUAGUGGAUACUCAAAAACGCUCAUGAGUUCCCGCAUUUUAAUGACUGACGGGAUUUCUCAUCAUACCGUUGUGUUCUCCUAUUUGAUAUCGGCGCACGUUUCUGCAGAACCAUUACAUGCAAUGAACUGUUGUCCGCUUUCGUGUUAAGAUGCUUGCUAUCAUGCUGACAUCAAAAGUUUGUUGAAGCAACGUAUACUACUUAAGUGGUUUGACAGUAGUGUCUUCCAUAAGAACCGCUGGAAAUAGUACCGACUGUGAACCAGCGUACUAUACCAUGUAGGAACUGAAUUGAGACAGUGUUCAUCUUUAACACUAUUUAAACGCUACUUGAGCAUCGUUCUCCAGACCCCACGCAGUAGAUCUGGUGGAACACUGGCCGAAAUUUCAAAUGUCUUUACAUUGAAAAACUACUUAACCAGGGAUGCCUAUCUGCUUAGCGCGAACCGUAACCGCAAUUGUUUUCGUGCUUGACUGAAGCCCUUUUAACAAACUUUAUCCCCUAGAGCCAUCUAGAAAACUGUAUCCCCCUCAAACCCUCCGCCUUAUGAAGGUGUGCAUUUUGGUUCCCGAAAAGGUUUGAUUCUUAAGAUUUUUGAGACGCGUAGCUUGUAUUGGUAAGGCCUACUACGCCUGUCUACAGACCGCGCGACAAUCCAUGAGUACUAGGAGCCUUCUUCGUCGGGCUACGUCUAUUUGUUCCCACUGUAUGCUGUUUUGUAGCGACACGGUUACGUGUAAGCUCCUUAUCCGUUGCAGAAUAUACAGCUAUUGGUAAACUUUUCAAAAAUUUCCCUGCACCUUUGAUGCAAAAUUCCAAGAAUUUGUCUCAUAUAAAGUGAGCACGGGAAGCUAGUUAUUUGCAUAUCCUUUCUGUAAAACACCCUUACCUUUAUUAAUGACAUAGUAAUAAAUAGGAAUACUGAACACUCCUCAAGUGGCGUCGUUCGGUUGAAAGCCAGCACGCAGCCUGAAGGUUCCAUUGCACACCCCAGACUUAACCAUUUUGGUGCGUGUCUAGUGAUUCCCAGUGGGCAUUGUGCCUUAAGUAGUUGCCGUCAGUGUCCAGCAUACCUCGCCAACUAGCCCCGCGCCCACAUUUUGUCUCCGAACACUUGUUUCCAAGUACAAGGAAGGUUUUGACAGCCUUUCUGCGAACUUGGAUUGUGUUAGGGUCCCCAGUUUACCGUACUUGUAUUUGGGGCGGCUGUGGUCAUGCCUGACCUCGAUGGUGCCACGUAUUGUACCCCUCUAGCCGUGACGAUUUGUGCAGAGUAAAUGAGCAGCUCGACCCAUCCUCUCCCCUCAGCGAGGAGACCGAAUACCGAAGGUUCAGGAACCCUUUUUUGUGUGUCUUGGUCGACCGUUUCGAGCCAAGUCUUGAGUUGACCUCCUCUUCGACGUCUCCAGGCGAUCAGCGACGCCGGAUCGAAGGCAGCAUAACUUAGUCCGUGAGGCGGACGAUGGAAAACGUGCCCAAGUCACUUUAGUUGUCCUUCCUGGAGGACUUGAGAUAUCCUCCUCAAAUACCACUAGUCUUCGCCCAUCUACGCGCAAUGCCCAGCAUUCACAACCGUAGAGGAGGACCAACCGAUCAGAUUGCACGGUACAGGCGGAUCUUUGUAGCGAUGGAGAUGUCGCGCCGGGUCUGUAGGCUUUUUCUAAGGAUUGAGAAAACCCCGAAAGCAGCAUUAAUUCGUGAGACUGUCGUCCUGACUCGGUCCAUCGGCCGGCAGCCUCUCUCCGAGGUAGUUGAAAUUGUCUACUUCUUCAAAUUCACAGUCAUUACUCCCGGUAGGUGCCUCCUCCUGAUCAGUAAUGCAGCUUGAGAGCAGUCUGAUCUUCCGAGCUUUAUGAAUAAACCGACCGAAGCAGCGACUCCAUUCACUGGUGUCAUCAUCAAAACUGGAGGCUAGCAAGGCUAUAUGGUCGGCGUAGUCUACAUCAGUCAGCCGGCGUCCGAGUGCGAACUCCAUACCUUCUAAACCACGUAGGUCCCUUCCGAGAAUCCCGUGAAUGGUGUAGUUUAGCAGAAUGGGCGCUGGAUGCACCCUUUUUGAACACCAGAUCGGGAAAUAUUGUUAUGGACGAGAACUCACGCAGUGGUGGAGCAAUGGUAGGGCAUGCUCAUGGUGAUGAUUUCGGCCGGCGCACCAUCUGGUCCCAUUGUUGCCCACUGGAACUCACGUUGAACGGAAUCGAACGUAGUGGCAGAGUCAACAAAGUAGUUUAGCAUAUCCCUAGCUGUCAAUCUUUCCGCAUCCCAUGAUAUCUGUCCAAGUGACUCAGAUUACUGCGAAGCUCUGUCAAUAGCUUUUGGACACUGCAGUCAUUUUCGCUUGCCGUGCAUGUUAAUCGUUCUGGUUGUACACCCCUUUGUGGCGCAAUCUGCGUUUUCCGUUCAAACACACGCAAAGUACACACAUGUAGCGACCCAGGACGUCAAUGAUAGCACACAUCGAAGUAACGAAGCGCUGGGAAGGGGUCUUGGCAAAGACCGAUCGGAGAGAGUGGAGAGAGAGAGAGAGAAGCAGACGUUAGUGUGAGUUGCGGGAAAGGGAUCGGCGGUAGGGUGAGGGAAGGGCACCGGCCAUUUUCGCCGACGCGCAGCCACACCAUCACCAUCCUGGGUCCGCGCGCCUCAAAAGUGCCUCUUCAUUCAAACAACUCCAUACAGAUGGUGGGGCGUUGCACAUUGUUGUACGUUUGUUUCCCAUGCUGCUGUUCGGCCAACUUUAUUGGAGCGAAGAAUGGGUUCGUGCCUCUGAGUCUCCUGUUCCGAGCUAUGUGCAUAAAUUAGGCGAAACGAACAGACGGUUGAUUUCGACUCAUUCUUUGAAGACUUGAACCCGGAGGUCUGAUUUCAUAAACAACCCAAAAUCAUGCCACUCUUGUUUACCCAACAUUUCAACUCGCAACCUAUGUGUCUUUUAAGCGACGAGUGCUCAUAAGGUUAGUGGACUUCAAGUGCUUUUUUUAGUCACGACCUGUCAGCGAUGGAAUGAAUCAACGCAUAUUUUGCGGCCGUGGCUUUAUCUUCCCCAUCAGACAUUUGGGUUAGGUUCGCCAAAAAACACUGGAUAUUCGCUAGUCGACUUGUGCGUUUUUUGUUUUUUAGUAGUUCCGCGGUUUGCCCUGUCUUGAGACAUUCUUGACGUACUUCCUACUGGUCUUCUCGAAUCCACUAGGUCGUCUUUUCUGGCAUACUUCGCGUCCGAGUCCGUCAAUUCGGUGACGCCUUCGUCGAGCCCUUCUCAGAGCCCACAACGACAGGCAGCUCGAUAGUCCUGCUCAAUCAUCGUACUCGUCUUGACUGGAUUUACAUCUGGUGCCUGGGCACCUUCCCUCACUACGUCAAAAUUGUCCUGAAGGCGGAUCUGGGGCAACUGCCAGGCGUGGGUUGGGCUAUGCACAUGGCAAAUUUCAUCUUUCUCAAACGCAAAAUAGCUGCUGACGAAAAGCACAUGCGGGAUGUGGUCGAUUACCUGCUGCGGCUUGACGGACAAGCUCAUGUAAGUCCGCCUGUCUGCCACAUUUACUCCUCCUCCUCCUCCU